AAAUAUUUUAAAGUACUUAAAUCGUUUUUUUGGUUCUGUACUUUAUAUUUUUGACAACAUUCCUAAAGAAAAUAAUGUACUUCUUACACCAUACAUUUUUCCCUCACAACCAAAAGUAUUUUGAAUACUUAGUAGGACAGGAAAUUGGUACAAUUAACACAACUUAUCAAGACCACAUCCCUACUGCCACUUAUCUGGCGGACUCACUAAAUACAGGCUUUGUAUGUAAAUGAUGUUGGAGUGUGCCCCUGGUUACCCGUAAAAGGAAAAUGGUGCUGUCUGGUUUGCUUAAUAUAAGGAAUUUUAAAUGAUUUAUACUUUUACUUUUGAUACUUAAGUAUAUUUUAGCAGUUGCAUUUACUUUUGAUACUCAAGUACAUUUAAAACCAAAUAGUUUUAGACUUUUACUCAGGUAGUAUUUUACUGGGUGACUCACUUUUACCUGAGUCAUUUUCUACUAAGGUGUACUAUUUGUGUACUUUUUCCACAACUGGUGUUUACCAUGAUUAAAUUAGUACCUAAUUUUAGUGCGUACUCAGCCCCCACCUGUACUCUCUGUUGACCCAUGACUCCGUGGCCACGGCACGCCUCCAACUCAGUUAUCAAGUUUGCAGAUGACACAACAGUGAUAGAACCUGAUUACCAACAAUGACAAGACAGCCUACAGGGAGGAGGAGAAGGCCCUGGCAGAGGUGCCAGGAAAAUAACUUCUCCCUCAACGUCAACAAAAGCUGAUCGUGGACUUCAGGAGACAGAAGAGGGAGUACGCCCCUAUCCACAUCAACAGGACCGCAAUGGAGAAGUUGAAAAGCUUCAAGUUCCUCAGCGUACACGUCACUGACAAUCUGAAAUGCACCCACACAGACAGUGUGGUGAAGAAGGCACAACAGCGCCUCUUCAACCUCAGGAGGCUGAAGACAUUCAGAAGAAAUACUACUGCACUGUUGGAGCUAGGGACACAAGCAUUUUACAGAUGCACAAUUGAUAGCAUCCUAUCAGGCUGUAUCACUGCCUGCUACAGCAACUGAAAUGCCUUCAACCACAGGGCUCUCCAGAGGGUGGUGCGGUCUGCUCAACGCAUCACUGGGGGCACACUGUCUGACCUCCAGGACACCUACAGCACCCGAUGUCACAGGAAGGCCAAAAAGAUCAAGGUCAUCAACCACCCAACCAUGGCCUGUUCACCCCUCUAUCAUCCACAAGAUGCCACACUCGAGACGGUACCCGUCCUCAGAAAGGGCCAGCCGGAGCAGUUAUCAAGACCGGGACAGAGACAGAGGACGCAAGCAGAGGCACCGCAGAUCGCCCUCUUUUUCCUCUAGCAGUGACCGGGAGAGGGAUCGGGACAGAGACAGAAGGGGACGGGGAAACCGACAGGAGGGAAGCUACGCUCGCUCCAGGAGCUACGAUAAUCGCUCGGCAGACCGCAGGCCAUACGACCGGCGCUACUGUGAGGGCUACCGCCGCCUGGACCAGAGCCACGAACGAGACCGCGGAAACCGGGAAAGGGAACAUGGAGGUGCUCCAGCAGCAGCCGACGGCGGUUACUACGCACGUGACUUCUCACCGAGCAUGUGCGACUACCGGAGGGGGCGCGAGAGGGAACGGGAGGAGUCGUACCGAAGGAAGGGCAGCAGGCGUAAGCACAAACGAAGGCGGCGUAGAACCAGGUCCUAUAGCCCAUCCUCCUCGCGGAGUGACAGCCGGACGCGGGCACUGAGUGUGAGGGACGACGAGGAAGGGCACCUGAUCUGUCGGAGUGGGGACGUCCUGCAAGAGAGAUAUGAGAUUGUCAGCACUCUGGGGGAAGGCACCUUUGGGAGGGUGAUGCAAUGUAUUGACCAUUGUCGGGGAGGGGCCGCUGUUGCUCUGAAGAUCAUAAAAAAUGUGGAGAAAUACAAGGAAGCAGCUCGUCUGGAGAUCAAUGUGCUGGAGAGAAUCAAUGAGAAAGAUCCGGAAAACAAACACCUGUGUGUGCAGAUGUAUGACUGGUUCGACUACCACGGCCACAUGUGUAUCUCCUUCGAGCUGCUGGCCCUCAGCACCUUCGACUUCCUCAAGGAGAACAACUACCUGCCCUAUUCCAUUGCCCAGGUCCGACACAUGGCCUACCAGCUAUGCCUGUCCGUCAAGUUUCUUCAUGAUACCAAGUUGACGCACACAGACCUGAAGCCAGAAAACAUCCUGUUUGUCAAUUCCGACUUCACUAUGACCUAUAAUGUAGAGAAGAAGCGCGACGAGCGGACAGUGAAGAGCACGGACGUACGGGUGGUGGACUUUGGCAGCGCCACAUUUGACCACGAGCACCACAGCACCAUCGUCUCCACACGGCACUACCGUGCCCCGGAAGUCAUACUAGAGAUGGGCUGGAGCCAGCCGUGUGAUGUGUGGAGCAUCGGUUGCAUCCUGUUCGAGUACUACCUGGGCUUCACCUUGUUCCAGACUCAUGAUAACAGGGAGCAUCUGGCCAUGAUGGAGAGAAUACUGGGGCCGGUGCCCUCCAGGAUGAUACGCAAGACAAGGAAGCAGAAAUAUUUUUACCGUGGCCGUCUGGACUGGGACGAGAGCUCGUCAGCUGGGAGAUACGUGAGGGAGAACUGCAAACCCUUACGGAGGUACCUGUUGUCGGAAGCCGAGGAGCACCAUCGGUUGUUUGACCUGAUUGAGAGCAUGCUGGAAUACGAGCCCGCUAAGCGCCUGGCCCUGGCAGACUCCCUCAGACACCCUUUCUUCGAAUCGGGGACAGCAGGCGAUGCGGUGGGGGGGAAGAGCUGGGAGGGCAACCGCGACAUCAGCCGGUGACCCGGGACCUCCACAGACUCUUAACGAUAGAGCGAUUUUUCAGGUGGAGCAGACCGAUACGACCACUUAAGGCGGUACGGCCAAAUUUGAUGGCCCUUAUCAGUCUGAAAUCCCUUGGCCAUUCAUCACAGCAUGGACCCGUUUCCUCCUGCUUACUGUACUGCCCCCACCCAUCUCCACAAUUAGGAGAGAGGCUCAUGCUGGCAGCUAGAAAACCAGAAGGACUUCAGAAAAAGUCAGCCCUCCUUUUAGUCCUCUCGGCUUCUGCUCCAACAGAAGGCAUAUGACCAAGAGGGGAGUUUUUAGCCCAACCUUAGAUUUCCCAGCUCCAGUCUUCCGCAUGUAAAGGAAAGGACCGGCCUUGUGUAGUGGAACACUAGUGAGAGCAAGAGAAUCCUUACUCUGAAAGCCAAUAUCGUGACCUCUUCAUUUGAGGUGAAACGCUUGGAGAAGAGGGGCACUGUCUUGUAUUUAUUUGGAAACUCAGCUAUCAAUCUUGGCUAAUGUUAGCCAAUCGACUGGCACGUUUCGUCAAUGAGUGAUUGCCACUCCACAUUUAUUGCUUAUAUAGGCCUCUCCUAUUGAUAUAAUAUAUCUACUGUAUCUCUGUUACGUUAUGCAAUGCUUCUGAGGAGAGGGAUUGAUGCCAUAUUAAUGUAAUAAUAGUAGUCACAACUGGACAUGUUUUCUCAGCUGGUCUUCAUCUAGUCUGGGGAAAUGACAGACACUCACAAAUCAGACCCCAUACAACACAAACUGUAAACUGCCUUUGACAUGUGUGAUAGUAUCAGGCCUGUGGUCUGAGAUGAAGCACACACAGGGUCAUAAUAGUAACGUAUGCCACAGGCACACAGCAGCACACGGUUUACAGUAUUUAUUAUGAGACGCUACCGCUGUUCAUCUCCUCCCUGUACAUUUGUUUUUUUUGUAUAAGAUUUAAAUGUAUAAAACUACGUAUGAUUGUCGAAUUAAAGUUAAGUCCUCCUUUGCCAAGGCUUGUAGCGCCGUUGGUUGAGUUAUGGGGAGGCGUUUUUCUCUUAAAUACUC